GUCUGGGAGGAGUCACGCUCGUCCGUUGCCAUUGACGUCAUGUAAACUUGGCCUUUCGGGAAUGGUGCCGCGGUGCUUUCGAAUUCUAUGGUCACGUAUUAGUAUUAUACGUGCUGCAUCUGGGAAGGGCAACCCGUGUCCUUUUUAAAGAAAACACUGUAUGGGAUGAGGAGGGCAGAACGUUAAUGAUCAGUUUGUAGCAGUGAAAUCCUGACUGGUGUGAGGUGUUUUGGUCGCCUGGCAUGAUGGCAACAUUCCCAGUUCUGUAAAUCGGUGUCAGCUUUACUUCCAGCCUGGUCUGAUCAUGUGACUGGUGGUUACCAUGGAAACUGGACGCCGGAAUCACUACUCAUGUGAGUGGUCUAUACCCGGGUGUGUGAGGAGGACAUAUGGCAAUCAGAGAAAGGGAAGUGAUGUAAAGAAACAAAAAAGAGGAAAUCAACCAAUGUCACAUUUGUGAUCUGUGGAUUUCUACACGGUUAGCAGCACCUCUACUGAAGACGAGAUGGAGCCUUCUUUUCCAGCUGUGUUCCCCCAAACAAGUGGAACUUUUACUGUCCCUUUGACAGAGACAGAGCUUCAUAAACUUUUAAUUGAUGAAAAAAUGCGAUGUGAAGACCACAAGAGCAACUAUCAAACUCUAAAGGCUGAGCACACCAGGUUGCAAGCCGAUCAUAUAAAGUCUCAAAAUGAAUGUAAGCAGUUUUCCGCCGAGGUUCGAAACACGCAUGAAAAAUAUAAACUUCUGCUGGAGGAACUGCGUGGAGAGCUUUAUGAAAAAACGUGUGAAAUCGAGGAGCUAAAGCUACAAUUGCUGUCGCCUCAGAAACUAGACCUACUAAAAAUUCAAAUACAGCAAGACAUAGAAGCUCCUAUGCGACAACAUUGUCAAAAAUUGGUUGAAGAUGCUGAAAAAUAUCGUGGAGACUUCAACAGACUGCGUUAUGAAACAAGUAUUCUUGCAGCUCAGAUUGAGCAACAAAAAGAAGAGCAGAUGCGUGUUUUGGCAGAGCAGAAGAUCAAGUAUGAAGCUGAGAUUUCGCAGCUGGAAAAAGAUAAAGAGGAGCUUCAUAAUCAGAUAAUCAGCAUUGAUCCCACAAGAGAUAGCAAACGAGUGGAGGCUCUUUUAGCAGAAAAAGUCCAAUUGUGCCAAACUAUAAAAGAUUUAAGAGCUGAGGUGACAGAACUUCGAGCAGCAAGAGACCACUAUGGAUCACAAGCUGACAAUGUACAGAGAUCACAAAAGCAGCUGUUUAGUGAGACCCAGUCAACUAUGCGAUCCCUUGAGGCAGAGAAGCAGUCUUUGAAGCUGAGCCUUGAACGACUGGAAAAUGAGCUUCAGUCGACUACAGAACAAAACGACAUUUUAAAUAAGAAACUGCUGGAAGCUGAGAGAAAGGCUCAUACACUCACUAGCAAAGUUGAUAAACUAAAGCAUUCCCACAACAUUGAAAGUACCAACAUAAAAUUAGAAGCUGCCAGAGCGAAGAAUGAAACUGAGAAAGAUAAAGAUAAGAUUCAAAGUCAGCUCGAAGAAUUAGAAACAGAAAAUGGGAUUCUGAAAGCAACUCUAGAACGCCAAAAGGAGCUCCUGGCUGAGAGAGAGCGUGAAUUAAUACGUAGAGUGCAAGCUGCCAAAGAAGCAGGCCUACAGGAAACUGCUACAAUCCUGUCUGAAAGGCUGGAACUAGAAAACAGAGUAGCUGAACUGGAGAAGUAUAAAGAGGAUCAGGACCAACAUAACCACACGGAAAUAAGUCAACUCAAAGAAAAGGUUCAUAUUGCUCAGUUAGCAGAGGAAUCUGCCAGAAAAGAACUUCAAAAUUUAAGAUCUAAACUCCAGCAACAGAUGUCCUAUGCAGAACAGAUAAAGAAAGAAGUCCAUGAUGUAGCAGAGCUCAAACGAGAAAUGAAGGACUUACAAAUUCAGAUAGCAUCUUUAUCAGAGUCUGAAAAUAACUUGCUGCGUGCUAAUGAGAAACUGAGGGAAAAGGUAGAACAUCUCCAACAGGAAAAUCGCAGCGCUAGAAGCCAAGCUGAAAAGGCCCAGCAUGAUGCAGAAAAAGAACUUGAGGGGAAUAGAAUUGAGUGGCUACAGGAAAAACAUAAACUACAGGAGAACCUGUCUCAUCUAGAAGAAAAAUACAAGGAAUUAAAAGACAAAUUGCAAAGAGCAGCUGUAGCUCAGAAAAAGAGAAAAAACAUAAACGACAACAAGUGUAAAAGACUACAAGAAAGGAUAGAAAUUUUGGAGGCAAAAAAAGAAGAAUUGGAGACAGAAAAAUCUGUAUUAAAUAGACAAAACAUUCCCCAAGAAGAGUAUGUACGUCUUCAGAAAAGGUUAAAGGACCUCCAGCGGCGACACAAUGAAUUUCGCACUGUAAUACUUGGACCCAACAUUGGCACAUCUGGCUUUUUGAAUCCAGCUAGUUACCUGUCUUCCACAUUGGUUCCAGGCGCUGGGUUUUCAGUGCAUAGUGUUCAGGAGGAGCAGCAUCAACGAGAGCUUUCUAUGCUUCGAAAUAGACUUGAGGAAUUGGAAAUUGCACAGAUGAGGCAAUUGGAAGAACUUGCUCCACCCGCAGAGCGCAGUAAGAUAGAGAUUGGAGACUCGGGAUUUCAGCGCAGGAGAACAGAAGAGGAGAAUAGCGGCUCGGGUUAGCUUUCAGACAGCUCCACCCUAAAUGUGUGUUUUUUUUUUUUUUUUUUUUAUUGCCAAUGUGACUGUUUGUAAAGCUUUUUGAAAUGUAGUAUACCGUUUACAUUUUUUAUAUUAUAAUGUGAAAUUUCUGUUAACUUUUACCGUUUACAUGGUUAUAAUGUGGCAAGCGUGGAAUACACGCACGAUGGUCAAAUGGCUUUUCAGAACAAUUGAAGGAAACUUGUAUUGAGGGAAAUAUCUAGUCUGCUGUCUCCUUAAAAUGUAAUUAUUUUUGUAAUGCUUUGUAGCUUAACAUUUUGUGAUCCAAACCUGCCAAGGACAGCAGUGGGUUAACAGAGGAGACGUCUCAUCAAUGGUUGCCGAUUGGAUUCUGGGGUGCAUCCUGCAUUUGGGGAAGAAGAGUGAUCUUUAUGCUUCCCUAUAUCAAAUCAGAAAUAUCUGUACACAUUCAUCUGACAUGUCCUUUGAUUAUCAAAUAUACUUUAUUAUCACCAGUGUGAAUGAUGUUUAUCUGAAUUUUUUUUUAUGUGAUUUCCACAAUUAUUUUUUUACUGUAAGUCGAGCAUAUUAAAUAUUUGCACUGUGUAAAAUAUUAGGUUUUGUUUUUUUCUGGUAUGCUUAGUUUGAAUUUGAAAUGUAAUAUUGCAGCUCUGUAUUGUGCCAUCCACUGAGGCCCCAUGUACCUCUCUAAAAUGUAGUGUUACCAGUGA